AGCAGAGAGAGUGAAGUGAGGAGAAGAGCUGUCCUGCCAGCAGAGAAUAGCUUCAUUUAACACACAAGAAAAGAGCGAAGGACUCCGGGGAAAGUGAAAUGUCAGCGCGAAUAUCUUGAAGAAACCACUGAUUUACUUCUUCACCUCUUUGUUUCUUAUUCAAGAGUUUAUCCCAGAACCUGAAGCGGAGAGGUAAAGGUUUGAAGAAGCAACAAAGGUUUUGAGGAGGAAUCAUCGGAAUCCGUUUCAAGCUUAUUUUUCAGUUUUCUGUUCUGGAUAAAGAUGCCAGAGAAGAAGAUCGGAGGUCCAGGGAUGAGUAUCUGCAGCCGGUGUCGGGUGGCCGCUGCGGUAGCUCUGAUCUUGAUCAUACUUGGAGGGCUAGGAGCAGCCAUUUGGGCCCUUGUCACAUAUCUCAGGACAACAGAGGAUACUGGAUUAUUUGAUGUACAGGUGAGCGCAGCAGACCAGAGGCUGCGAGUGUUUGACUCCACCCAGUGGAGGUGGAAACACGUCUGCUCAUCCAGCGCCAACCAGCUCAUCGCCAACAUCAGCUGUGAAGAGAUGGGCUUCGUCAGAGCAGUGAAUUACUCAGUGACGUGUGCUCCUGAUAAUGGGGGUGACCAAGAUUUCUUCUGCGUAAAAGAGAAUGAGUUAACUUAUGGAAAGAAGAUAAAAACAGCCCUUUAUCCUUGUAAAUGUGACAAAGGUCAGAUACUUGAGGUGAUUUGUCAGGACUGUGGUCGUCGUAUGCUGCCUGAGGAGCGGAUCGUGGGGGGAGUGGAUGCCCGCCAGGGUUCGUGGCCAUGGCAGGUCAGCCUACAGUAUGACGGAGUUCAUCAGUGUGGUGGAUCCAUCAUUUCAGAUCGCUGGAUCAUCAGUGCCGCACACUGCUUUCCUGAGAGGUAUCGCCAUGUGUCACGCUGGCGGGUUCUGAUGGGAUCGAUCUACAACACUCCCAUCCGUAAGAACAUUGUGAUCGCCGAGGUGAAGACGGUUGUCUACCACAGCAGCUACCUGCCCUUUGUCGACGCCAACAUUGAUGACAACAGUCGUGACAUAGCAGUCCUGGCUCUGACAAAACCUCUGCAGUUCACUGAUUAUAUCCAGCCGGUGUGUCUUCCUACUUACGGCCAGCGUUUGGCGGAUGGCCAGAUGGGUACAGUAACCGGCUGGGGUAAUGUGGAAUAUUACGGCACUCAAGCUAACGUCCUCCAGGAAGCCCAUGUGCCCAUCAUCAGUGAUGCAGUGUGCAAUGGCCCGGAUUAUUAUGACAACCAGGUCACAACCACCAUGUUCUGUGCCGGUUAUGAGAAAGGAGGAACUGACUCCUGCCAGGGGGACAGCGGUGGUCCUUUCGUAGCAGCAGAUGUCCUGUCUAAGACCAGCCGCUAUCGUUUGCUGGGGGUGGUGAGCUGGGGCACAGGCUGUGCCAUGGCCAAAAAGCCUGGCGUCUACACACGUGUGUCACGCUUUCUGCCAUGGCUAUCCACAGCCAUGAGGAUGUAUGAAAACUCCCCAGGAGUGCACAAAAUGGCAAGGGCGGUCACACCAUAGCCAUUCAGAGUGGAAAAAUGUUUAAUAUGAGACUGAAAUGUUGCCUGUUGAGGUCAGAUGUGUUGCUCGGAUCAGUCUGAGAUCAAAUGUCUGGUGUUGAUCAGAUGUUCUGUGAUGAUCAACCUCUGCCAAGGACAGUAUCUGACUCACAGAGGCCAAGAACCAUUUCUGAUGCUGUACUUUGGGUAAAUAUGUUGAUGAACAUAGUACGUGUUAUUAACAUAGAAUAUGCAGUUUUUAUUUCCCUGAAAAUCUACCAAAAUACUGUUUAAUGAGAUUAAAAUGAGCAAUAUUGACUGAACCUAAAAAACACUCAUUAGUCAUGCUGUCAAACGAUUAAUCAUGAUGAAUUGCAUCCAAAAUAAAAGUUUUUGUUUAUGUAAUAUAUGUGUCUACACUGUGUAUAUAUUUUUAUGUAUAUAUAAAUACAAACACAUGCAUGUAUUCUUUUUAAAGAAUUGUUUUAUGUUUAUAUAUUUAUAUUUAAUGAAAAAAUAUAAAUAUAUAAAUGUAUGUAUUUGUACAUAUUUUCUAAAUAUAUACUGUAUGUGUAUGUAUUUAUUUAUACAUAAUAAAUAUACAAAGUGUACACACAAUGUAGACAAAAACUUUUAGAUGCAAUUAUGCAAUUAGAUGAAUUAUUUGACAGCACUAAUAUAUAUAUAUAUAAUUUAUACACACACAUACAUACAUACAUACAUACUGUAUUAUUUCCAAACACAGAGACUUAAAUGAAACAUUCAUAUUUUUAGAGUUUAGGGAAUUUUUUUUUAUCCUGUUUUAUUACAGGUUUGUACAGAAUGGAUGGUAGCAAAAUUAAUUAAAUCUAUUGUCAUGUUCAGCUUAGACUGCAAACACUUUAUUAAUUUACCUUAAAAAAAAAAAGUAUGUUAAUUUAAAUAAUAUAAUGCUAUAUGAAAAGACGUAAUAUAGACUCCAGACUCCAACAACAUACACAAAAAAUACAUUUUGUUUUAAGCACAAUCCUUAUCUGACAAGGACUCUCAACUUUCGAUCAAUCUACGGUAUUUAUCUCAAUUUUGUUUAUUAAUGGCACAGUAUGAUGCUUAAGUCAAAUCUGUAGUACAUGAACUUAUAAGAAGGAUUUUACAGAAUAAUACAGGCCUUUGUGAGAUGUGCCAUGAUUAAAUGUGUACUUCAAUAGGUUUUAUAAAUUGAAAUGGCCAGAAGAGUGACAUUUGAAAAUAUUUCAUGAAAACCUCACUUUCAUGUAUUUUACAUGUAAUGUAUUUUUUUUCUCUUCUUUUUUCUUAUAAAAUGGGUUAAGCAUUGAUGUGACAAGCACUAAACGUAAAGAUACAAACCAAAGACUGGUUUAGAAAGCAUUAUGAAUAAACUCAUCACUUUGGCAGUCAGUAUUGUUGCUUAUAUUGUUGUACAUAUGAAUAGUUUCCUUACUAUGUGAUGCUGUUUAAUUCAGUUUUAUGUCUAAUUGUAUGUUAAGCUGCUAUAUUGUUAUCCAGAUUUUGUACCAUAACCUUCUGAGUAACAUUAUGUAGUAAUUUUGUAGGUCUUUAGGCUCGUUGAAUAUGACAAAAAUAAAACUCAAACAAGAUUUAGCUUUUAUUCUAUAAAUAUGCAUAGUUUCUGUUUUCAUGUUCAUGAAACCAUUCUGAAUAUAUGUACAAUACAGAAGUUCUGACCUUUGAUAUAUAGUAAUCUCUUUUUUUUAUUUUCAGUUCUUUUCAACAAAAUACAAAUGUUGAACUCAUAAUGACUUUUAAUGCUGAAAUAAAGACUUAAUUUUUAUAUAUAAAAAGUCAUAA